AUGGAGAAUUAUAACCAUGAUAGGUUUGAAUGGAACGAUGAGCUGUCAGAAGAGAACAAUGGACUGCAAAUCAUCUUGUUCCCUGAUGAACCUGAGCCCAUACAAGUAGAACAAAGCUUUAUUGGAUUGCCUAUACAACAACAAAGUUUUGGGAAACAUAUAUGUAACUUCUGUCAACGAAAGUUCUCUUGCGGUCAGGCUCUGGGUGGUCACAAGCGAAUUCAUUCAACCAAGCUCCAGUCAAAGAAGUUCAAAUAUAAGGUUGAUCGUGCACCUUCUUCUUCAGAAAAAAGCGACACAAUCGAAACUGACAUUGUGAAUAGGGAUAUUGGCAAAUUCCAAUGUUGUUUAUGUUUCAAAGACUUCAAGUCUAGGAAAUCAUUGUCUGGUCACAUGAAGUACCAUCCAAAUAGGAAUUGGAGAGGAAUUCGGCCUCCUCAACCUGAACUUGCAGUAACAUCUCCGAUACUUAUGCUGCCUGAGCAAGAUAAGGAUGAUUUCUUCAGAUGGACCAAGACCGCUAAGAGAGGCCGAGGAAAUCUUGUUGAUUCAGGUCGCGAUCUUGAUCCAGUUAUUGUAGCAGCUGAUGGUCUAAUAAGUUUAGCUCAAGACAAGGAUGAAUAUCGAGCUUUUGAACAUGUAGCCAGGAGAAAGCGGAUGAUGGAAGAGCCACAAUUGAAAAAGAAAAGAAAUUUGAGAAUAGCCGAUCAAGAAUCAGUAGAUGUGGAAUAUGAAUGGAGAGAUUUUGAGCAAGGGAAAAAAGAUAAGAUAAUAAGAGAGCUGCAAGAAGUUGAACAUGAUAUUGCGACUAUAGAUAAUAUGUUGGCAGGGAAGAAGAUGGAGAAGAGGAAUCGGGAGUCAAAAGUAAGAGCCUUUGAGUCUCAAAUUCAGAAAAAGAUAUUAAAGAAGCUUAAAGUAUACAAAUGCAGCACUUGUGCCAGAACCUUCUCAACUUUUCAAGCGUUAGGAGGUCAUAGAUCUAGCCAUACCAAACAUAAGAAACCUCAAGCUAUUGAACCAUCCUAUGCUACAAAAGUAAAAGAGUAUGCCACUCCUACUGGUCAGGUUGCUGAAUCGAGUGAAGAUAGUCAGACUUUUGGUGCUAUAGAAUCACUGUCAUUACGAGAAGAAGCAAAUCAGACUCGGACUAGUAGUAAAGUACUUGACUUUGAUCUCAACGAGCCUUUCUUCAUGGAAGACUAA